GCUCAGCUUCUCCGAGCAAGAUUACUUGGGGUAGUAACGAGAUGAUCAUAUCGGCUCUGUUGACGUGCGUCGGAAUCAACCUCGGGAUCUGCUUACUCAAUGUCACUCUCUACUCCGUCCUGAGGAAGCAGCCCUUCAAUGUCGCCGUCUACGCUCCGCGACUGCUCGCUCAAGGAGAGUUUCGCCACCGGAGCAACCGCCAACGCCGCCAAUACAUCCUCGAAAGGCUCGUGCCAACCGCUGGCUGGGUCAGAACGGCAUGGAUGCCUUCCGACGGAGACCUCCUGUCCACCGUGGGCUUCGACGCUAUGGUCUUUAUGCGCAUUUUUGUCUUCAGCUUGAAAGUGUUCAGUGUUGCUGGAUUUAUUGGGGUCUUCAUUCUUCUGCCGAUUAAUUAUCUGGGAAACCAGCUUAACAAUGACUUUUCUGACUUGCCAAACAAGGCGUUAGAGUCCUUCUGUAUUUCAAAUGUCAAUAAUGGGUCGAAAUGGUUGUGGGUUCACUUUCUUGCUGUAUAUGUACUUACUGGAGUUGUCUGCUACUUUCUUUAUACUGAAUCUCGUUAUAUCUCGUCGAAAAGAAUGAGGCCUGAUCUUUUUUCAAGAUUAGUUAGAGGCAUUCCUGUCUCGCCUGAGAGCAGCUGCAGUGAAACAGUUGGGAGAUUUUUUAAGGAGAAUCAUCCUUUAACAUAUCUUUCGCACGAAGUAGUUCGUCGAACUGGCAAACUUCAAGGUCUCAUAAGUGAUGCGAAUAAUAUGUACAGCAAGAUUGCCCAUCUAAAAUUCAAAAGUCUUCCUGAGCAAAGGUUCGUCCGUGAUGGGUUUUUGGGGAAGUUUGGACGCAACGUUGAUCUUUUAGAUCAAUAUGAAAAGAAAUUGGAAGAAUUGGAGGAUAAUCUGACAAAGGAGAAGUCUUCAUUGAUAGGAACGGAAGCAAAGGCCGCCUUUGUUUCGUUCAAGACGCGGCUUGGUGCUGCGGUAGCUUUGCACAUCCAACAAGGCAUCAAUCCUACAGAGUGGGUCACUGAGAGAGCUCCUGAGCCCCGGGAUAUUCACUGGGAUUUCUUUUCUAGCUCAGUCAUAAAGAGAUGGAUAUGCCAAAUAGUUGUGGUUGUUGCUUCUGCCGCUCUUAUAAUUCUAUUCCUCAUCCCAGUAGUUCUAGUGCAAGGCCUUUCUCAUCUUGACCAGUUAGAGAAUUGGUUCCCUUUUCUAAAAGACGUACUUUCAGUAAAAAUUAUCGGUGAAGUCAUAAUAGGGUAUCUUCCAAGUCUUAUUCUUUACUUUUUCCAGUCUCUAGUGCCACCCAUCAUGAUGGUGUUUUCCUCCAUCGAAGGUUACAUCUCGCUUAGUCAGACCGAACUAAAGGCCUGUAACAAAGUACUGUGGUUUACUAUAUGGAACCUUUUCUUUGCAAAUGUACUAUCAGGAUCAGCUCUUGAUCAGGUGAACACCCUUCUUGAGCCCAAAAAAAUUCCGCGAGUACUUGCUAAAGCUGUCCCUGCACAGGCGACAUUUUUCAUUUCAUAUGUUCUGACUUCGGGAUGGUCCAGUCUAUCAUCAGAACUUGUUCGAUUGAGACCCCUGCUUUACAAUUGUAUACGAAGACUGUUUGCAGGAGAAUCUAGUGAUGAAGUUGAGGUUCCAUAUAUCCCUUAUCAUAGCGAAAUUCCCAUCAUUCUCUUCUUCGGACUCCUCGGUGUCACCUACUUUUUCCUAGCUCCAUUAAUUCUGCCAUUUUUGUUGAUUUACUAUUGUUUGGGAUAUAUCAUCUUUCGGAACCAGAUAUUGAACGUGUACAUUAACAAGUAUGAAAGUGUUGGAAGGUUUUGGCCAACUGUGCACUACUCAACCGUUUUUUCUCUGGUACUUAUGCAUAUUAUCGCAAUCGGUGUGUUUGGGCUUAAAAAGGUUCGCUUGGCUGCAACUUUGACCAUUCCUCUUCCAAUUCUAACACUUCUUUUCAACGAGUUCUGCCGAAAAAGAUUCCUGUCAAUGUUCGAUAAUCCUCCUCUUGAGUGUUUGAUGAAGAAAGAUAAAGAGGAACAGAAUGAUCUUGACAUGGAUGAAUUUCACGGUAAACUGGCAACUGCGUAUAGACAUCCGUCUUUGUCAGCACGACAUUCGAAAAGCUCGGAUGAGCUCCACUCUUCUCUUCUUCCCCGCGCGGCUUCAGUCUGAAAUGAAGGAAUGUCUGCAUUGGUACUCCAGCAUUAAGUUAAAAUUGUUCUACUUCUGAUAUGUGCAUUUGUGGACACUAGGUGAUGAUGGUGAAGUUUCUUCAACAUUACUAAAGAGAUAAGGAUUUUCUCCUUGACAGAAACUUGUGAACCAUUAUGUUAGACUGAAUUGAACUGUUAAAAAGAGUUUUUAAUU